AUGACCAGAAGUACUCGCUCGUCAGUAGCAGCGGCCAGAGAUAAAGCAAGUGCAGACGAGCCGGUCGAAAUCGAGCAGAAUGUCGAGAAGUCGGAGAAGAUCAAGGGGAAGAACCAUCUUCGUAAGAAAGGCCAUCAAGCGACCGCUUUGGAACAUUUGCACAGUGGCCUGAAAAUCUUGCAUCAACUGGACCAGGACAUUGACCGCCAAAAUGAUGACCUCGAGGUUCAUCCGGUUUCGUUGAAGACGUUGCGAGCUAUCUUCGUGACCAUGGAUGUACAGGCAAGAGGUGUCAUGAGCAAGGAAAUGCUGGAGACCUGGACGAAAAGACCGAAACGGAAUUUUAGUAGCCCCCCGACGAACUUUGUGACAUUUGCCCAGGCACGGUAUGCUUUCGAAGCCCUAUACCAUGAGUUAAUGGGAUUCAUGCAAUCCCUUGACGUCGAACCACCACCACCAGAAGUUGACGCAUCAGAGUGGAUUCAAAGCGAAUAUGAGCAGUUUCAAAGCGUAUUUGAUGCUCUGAGUAUCUGCCUGGACCAAUUCCUAGCGCGCUUGUCGAACAUCACCGCCCAGGAGGAUCGCGACUCCGUACUUGGAAUUAAGCUAUUUCGUGAACAGAUACGGGUCUACCUAAGGCUCUUCAAAGGGUUCGAUCCAGUAAAACGCACGCGGGAGAUAGAAUGGCGUGUAGAAGAAGAGGACAUGAGGACCAUGUUGGAUCUGGCAUGUGAGCUGCUCAGGGCGCCGCCGGAUGUUAGUGUGCCUGCUGGGGCUCGACCAGACGAUUACUAUCCGGACAAUACCGAUCCGGCAUAUGAAACAAAGAAGGACAUUCCAGCAUACUCGCGUCCAGUGUUCUCAUCCAACUCUGGCCUGUUAUCUGCCCUGUGGCUUGUUGUGUCCAAGUCGCAAUCGUCUGCUCUACGUCGGCGGGCGAUUGCACUCAUGCUAGACUUUCCGCGUCGAGAAGGAAUCUGGGAUGGCGUCGUAGCAGGAAGGGUUGCCUGGGAGAUCCUGAGGCUGGAGGAGACAGCAGUGGAUGGCUUACUGGGAGUGAGUCCAGAGCAACAAACAGAGACGAUACAAGAUAUCAACAAAGUGCGAGACUGCAACAUAAGCUACAUCGCCCCGAGGAUCAUGGAAGUCGAGUUUCGAAGUCUGAGUCAGUGGGAGGCUGGCCCUUCCGCGCGCGUUCCGAUCCCGUUCAGUGUCUUCCCGUCCAGCUACAAGAACGUCAGCAAGGACGCUGUAAAGGAAUCGACAAAGGUCCAGGUAGAAGCAAAGGCAGAGCUACCACAGGCAGGACGGGAAGGUCACUCUGAACAUCAGGAAUCCUUCUCAGUCCACGUCAAUCAGCCUGCUGAGCGACCUGCUAAGCACCGCGACACCUACACAGAGGAAGUUCGAGUAUUUGAAGACCGCCAGCGCCGCCCCCAGCAGCCCCAGCAGCACCGCGAGGAAGUCCACAUCCACGAGGAGCAUCGCUACAGGCAGCCUGAGCAAUCCCGCCGCACCGAACGCGUAGAGGUUGACAUCCACGAGCACCGCGACUCUCGAGACCGCUAUCCAUCCCAACGUCCUAUCGUCGGGAGCCACAUCGAAUCCCAACCAAGGACCUACGACCGCGACUUCAACGCAGUCCAAGGUGCCCAAGCAGACUACGCUACCACUCAGGUUGACGUCUCCGAACGUCAAUUCCGCGAGCGUACCCGUCCCAUCGUCGGUGGUUACACACACGACCGCCACAACCUCAGCACCGAGCCCAACUACGAGCAGGCAUCCCGCUACAGCAAGGAGUCCUUCGACGCCAAGCACGACACCUACCCAUCUCGUCGCCAGGUUGACGCAGUCGACAGCCGCUACCCUCACCGCGAGGAGGUUCGAGUAGAGACUACUCGUUCCACGGUUGACGCCCCCCAAGAAGCACAAGCGUGA